AUGGCGGAUCAGCACAACGACGACGAAGGGGGCCGCGUUGGUUCGUCACUUUCGCUAAAAUCGACGUCACCGCACAGUCAAGUGUUCGCCUCGACGAUAACCCUCUCCAAAAAAUAUGAUGGCCCGUCAAAUCGCAGUUUUAAGAGUAAGAGCACGAUCGGCAUUCACGCGCAUGGAUCUGGUUUUGUGGGGCCCUUGAUCCUCCCCUCGCUACAUGGCAGCUUAGAUUCAGACGACGAAGGGGGGAUUCAUCGCAUGAAGAUUGGUCUCCUCGGAUGCUGCAUUGUUCUGCUUGGCUGUGUUUUGGGGUCGGGAAUUUUUGCCGCUCCGCAAGGAAUCUUAAACAUGACGGGGAACGCAGGCGUCACUUUGCUCGUGUGGUUAUCCGCCGGUCUUAUCGCGCUCAUCGCGGCGCUAUCUUUUGUGGAGUUGGGGUGCACUUUUCCAGUAUCGGGGGGAGAUUAUGCAUAUCUCAACGAAUGUUUUGGUUCUUAUCCGGCAUUCUUGUUCCAGAUUUCGCAUAAUUUAGUAGUCUGUCCCGUCUGCGGAGCAAUCAUGGGGACCGUUAUCGCCAAGAAUUUACUCAUCCCGAAUAUUCCUUCUUCCCAUUGUCCUGAAAUCGAUUGGGCCGUACGACUCGUAGCGAUCAUGUUCAUCAUGCUCCUUGUCCUCGUCAACUGUAAGAAUCCCCAACUAACGGGCAGAAUUCAGGGGUCACUCAUGGUCAUCAACGUCGCCGCGAUUGCCCUCAUGCUCGUGUGCGGCUUGACAGCAAUAGGACUAAGAAAAGGAAUGCCUCACGCCAAUUUCAAGCUGCAAUUGAAACCUGGGCUGGACGCGAAGGCGCACGUGCUCAACUUGGUGAACGCUCUUUAUCAAGCGUCCUUCUCCUACUUUGGCUAUACCUACGUCAACUAUAUCACGGAAGAGUUGGAAAAUCCGACUAGAAAUCUCCCCAUCGGCGUCUGCAUCUCGAUGCCGAUCAUCAUCUGCCUCAACCUCUUCAUCAACUUUUGCUACAUCGCCACCAUCCCGCUGGAAGAGAUGAUGACAACGACCACAAUUGCGGAUAACAUGUUCCGUGCCGUACUACCCGACCACGUGGAGCCAUACGUGGCCUGGAUGGCGACCAGCCUUGUCGCCGUGGCGGUCACGGGAGGGUUGACCUCUUACUUUUUGACGUGUUCGAGAAUUUCCUACACGGGAGCGAGAAAUGGAGAUUUUCCAGCCAUUUUCAAACUCGUCGAUGUCAAUCAUGGCACUCCAGUCGUGUCCAUUAUACUUAUCGGCGUUCUAGCCUCCUGUUUUACCAUGGUGGGCACAAUUCCUGACCUCAUUUUGGUCGCGGCCUACUUGGAAUCAUUUUUCAACUGUGUCUGCAUUUACGGCCUCAUUUAUGUCAGAUUUAAACGACCAGAUAUUCCGAGACCUAUAAAAUUUCCACUAUUCGUCCCGAUAUUGUACGCGGCGAUAUCGACGCUGAUUUUCGUAAUUCCGAUCGUGCUGGUGGACGGGAGUAAUUACAAGACGUCGCUGUAUCCCGUGGCAGGCAUCGGAUUCGUCGUCCUGCUGGGCACACCCCUUUACCUCCUCCUUGUCCGACCCAGACACGCCUGGCCCCCACUCAUCCCGCUCAACGCCUGGCUGAUGAAAACUUGUCAAAAGUUGUGGCUCGUGAUUCCCGAAGAGCUUCUCCCCCCGGAUCAUGACGAAGGCGAGGAAGAACUCGUCGCGUCCUCCUCCAGUGAUGUCACCCUUUCCAAAAUCAGCUCGCCUGGCUCCGUCGACGAGAAUGACGACGACACGGCGAAAACGUCGACUUAAUCAACCACAUAAAUACAUAAUUUACAAUUAAAAACAA